AGGCAGAAGAUCCCGUCACGGAGCUUGAACUCCUCCCCAAGGUCACACGCUUGUCGCAGCGGGUGCCCUUGUUGCCGACAUGGCGCCACUUUGGACAACUUUGCCCUUUGCUCGAGGAGCUCACCUUUGUGUACGACCAAGACAUCGCCCUCAAUGCAGCGGAGGUCUUGAUUGAUGUGGAAGAUCCCAGUGAGGAAGCGGAGAUGUUGGCUGAGAGAACGAAGCACAUCUACCGAGAUGCCGUACGCUUUGCCGCACAGCUCCACGCCGGAGGAUUUGAAGGGCUGGCCCAAAGCUGCCCCCAUUUGAAGGUGAUUCGCUUCAAGAUGUGGGAUAACUCCUUUGGCUACAACAGCGCCCCCGCCCAGGAACACUUCAGUAUCAGCUGGAGGCGGUCCGAGAACCCCCGAAGGCCCUUCCUGCGGAACAGCCACGAAAACAACGCCACGCGGACCAUCCUCGAGGAGCGGGCACAUGCCGUCCACCAACGGGAAUGGACCGAAGAGGAGUUGGAGGAGGGCCGGGACGUCACAGAGGAGGAGGCCAUGGCUGCGGCAGCUGCAGCCAUGCUCCAGGUCAUGCGGUGCUUUGAUGAUGCCAGUUUGGAAGCAGAGUUAGGACUUUGAAUCUGUUCAUUUCAGCCGAGCCCUGUCUGGAAGGGGACGGCGCAGCACUGCAGCACAGCAUGUGGCGGCCGAACAACAGGUCCCCACCGGUGAACAACAUCCGUAUGCCGGUGGUGUUUCAAAGCUGGAAAAGAUGAAAAACCACCCAGGUUCGACAGAUGCACGAUGUCCCCACC